AUGAUUGUGCCUCAAGAAGCAUACCCGGCGUACCUCGGCUUGGACUUGCCUGCUGCAAAGUCGGACCUUUUUCGGUAUUGUGUCCUCUUUACACACGGCGGGCUGUGGGCAGACAUUGAUACAUUGCCUGCUCGGCAAUCGCUCUCGCCGGGCAUGGACUUCCCCGCCUCGCGCUGA